AUGUUCCCAUACAUAUUUUUUUUUUCAUUGGUGAUAACUGGAUGUUCGGCUUUAGAGCCUUCAUAUGGUGUUCAGGAUGGUUUUUUGGAGUAUUUUGCCGCGGUCCAUCCAGAGAGGCCUUUUAAUUGUUUAUGCGGCAAUGUGUCCAUUAUGGGUCAUCAGGUUAACGAUGAUUAUUGUGAUUGCCCAGAUGGAAGCGAUGAGCCGGGGACAUCGGCAUGUACGAAUGACAGGUUGGAGGUUAAUUUACCUAAAAAAUGGAAAUUCAGGUGCAAAAACAUUGGGUUUAAACCACAAGAAAUUCCACAUAAUCAGAUCAAUGAUGGAUUAUGUGAUUGCUGUGACGGUUCUGAUGAGUAUUCUGAUAUUAUUGCGUGCCCCAAUGUAUGCGCUGAGACCCAGGAAAUUGAGGAAAAGAAACGUUUGGAGAAUGAACGGAUCAGAGAAGCAGGAAUGCGUGAGAAGGAAAAAAUGAUGGAGCAGGUGAGGAAAAAUCGUGAAGAUGACAAGGUCCAACUCGAGAAUGAAAUCAUGGAAUUGGAAGAGUUAAGGAAAUCCAUUGAAGAAAAAUCUGUGAAGCUUGUUCCAUUUGAAGAAAAAGAAAGGGCAGAGAAAAGGCGCCUACUUGAUGAAUACAAUGCCGCCCGUGAGGUUUGGGAAGAAAAAAGAAAGAAGAAUCAAAGAAACAAUUUGAAUGCAAGAGGGAAUUUGACGACAGAUUGCAUACGAUGGAGCCCAACUAAAAUUUGUGACCCUGAAGAGGAAUCGCCCCUUGUUGAUAAGGGUUGUGACGAUAUUAUUUAUCCUUUUGAAGCAGGUUUUUGUGAAUGUAUUAACAAAGAAACGGAUUCAAAGGUGGCUUAUGAUCAAGAAUGUGACCAUGAACCGUUACAAUGUUCGAACGUUUGCGAAAACCCCGAGAAAGAUAAUAAAGAAAUGGAUGAUGAUCGGUUUGAUAUGGACAAUGGCGCUUCAUUUGAAUUACCAGAGGCACGAGACCUCCGUCUUGAAUUGAAGGAAUCCCGUGAAAAAGUGGAGAAGCUUUCAUCUUCUGUAGAACAAAUUCAAAAUCGAUUGAAUCGAAGUAUCAACACAGGGGAUGUUAUCAGAACUUUCAGUAAUGAAUGCUUUUCUUUGAAUACUUCGACCCACACAUAUGAAAUUUGCCCUCUUAAGGAUGCACAUCAGUAUGAUAAAGGCACAACACACGGUCAAUGCAUUGGGAGGUGGGGAAGGUUUGGUGAUAACACGUAUUCUCUGUGGUCGAGUACGAGUGAUUACACUCACAUGAUAUUUGAAAAUGGUGAUCGGUGCUGGAAUGGUGUGACUCGUAUGACUGAUGUUUACGUGAUAUGUGGUCCGGAAAACAAGCUGGUUCAAGUUGAGGAGCCAUCCAUGUGCCGAUAUACUAUGGUGUUUGAAACGCCAGCUGUUUGCGAAUGA